UUGUAGAUCAUACCUAUAAGAAUAGUUUUGAGUUGUCUAACAGGCUGCUGAAACAUCCACCCACUUGUACUCUAGCUAUAGUGAGGUAUUGCUUUCAAGAAACUUUUAUAUUUAUCAUGUUAAUCUGGAUCAUCAAACAAACAAGGGAGAGACUCAGGCACCUGCUCUCUAUGGUAUCUUAAAGAUCGUACAGGAGCUGUCUCCUGAACUCAUUGGUGAAUACUCUGCCAACCUCCAGCUUAAGAGAUGAACUGGUUAUCCCUGCAGGCCCUAAUCAGUGGCGUGAAUAAAUACUCCACCCUUUUUGGUCGUGUUUGGCUCUCUAUGGUCUUUAUCUUCCGUAUGUUGGUGUUUGUGGUGGCCGCACAGCCAGUUUGGGGUGACAAUUCAAAAGACUUUGUGUGCAACACAGUUCAGCCGGGUUGCACCAAUGUGUGCUAUGACCACACUUUCCUUCAGCUUAUCUUAAUAACCUGCCCAUCUCUCAUGGUGGUGGGCCAUGUCAAGUUCCGUGAAAAGAAGAAUCAAGAUAAUGUCAUCAUUCAGAAAGGCAAACAUCUGUAUGAAAACCCAGGAAAGAAGCGUGGUGGCAUCUGGUGGACCUACUUGCUUAGUCUGAUAAUUAACGCAGCCAUUGAUACUGGUUUCCUCUGCAUCCUGUACUAUCUCUAUAAAGGAUUUUACUUGCCCACUCUGACGAAAUGUAGUCUCGAUCCUUGCCCUAAUGUGGUGGACUGCUACCUGUCCCGUCCUACAGAAAAGAAGAACUUCACUAUUUUCAUGGUCACCUCCUCUGCCCUGUGUAUCCUCAUGUGUAUCAUUGAGAUGACCUACCUGGUGUGUAAGCGUUGUAACAAGGUGCUUCAUGAACACAUAGAGAAAGCGCGCAGGCAGGCAAGGUGUGAGUGUAGAGUGGGUCCUACUGCAUCCUCCAAUCACAGCCUCAGCAAACUGAAAAAGACAUGACUGCUAGUCAUAUCACUUAGUGUCACUGCUCUGUCUGGAAUCCUUUACACAUGACAGACCAUGAUUUCAGGAGUUGUAGUCAUACAGUUGACUUAAUGUGAAACACAUUAAAGAUGCUGCAUGCUUCACAGUCAUAUGAACUGCAAAAUAAUCCUGUACAAUAAUCAAAGAAGAUAUUUAUAUCUUCAUUAUUUUGGAAAAUAUCUGGCAUCUUAGUUUUGUCUGUUAAACUGUGAUUAAACUGUCAUUAAGACCAUAUAUAAAUACUGUGUAGAGACAUCUUCUUUUGCCAUAUAUGUAAAUUAAAAAGUGUUUUUAGAAUUUCGUUUUUUUAUCAUUUUGAUGUUUGUGUAGGCUUCAGUAGAAUUGUCUUGCGAUUAAAGCCAAAUACUGCCCCCUGGUGGACAAAUAUAAAUACUAUAAGGAACUUUUCAGACGUGAGUAUUGAUUCACAACUAGAAUAAUUGACAAUACAAUACAACAAUUAUUUGCAUUUUCCAGAUUAUUGAUAAAUAAAUGAAUACAAACCCUCCUCACACCCCAGCUGUUUCAUGGAUUUAUUAAAUUCCUAAAUGUAUACACUGGAUUCAGUUUAAUAAUCCACUGCUUCGUCAACCAAAGUGUGCUGGUGAAAUUAAUGGGUGUAAUAGGAGUUUCAAAUAUCAUGGUGCAUGGUUUGCCAUUUAAUCCUAGAAGACAAAUAAGAAGAUAUUAGCAUAGGU